ACGCGCAGAACAAAGAGUGGUGCUGAGUGUUGGGCUGUGUGUGUGCUUUAAUAGGAAAGACUUGGGAACACGCCCUUGCUGUGUUGCCUACCUGUGUGAAAGGGAACGCUUUCAACUUCAUUUCAAUGCCCUCAAACUGCGGCCACACUAACGCAGAGGAAGUUCACAGUCUCAGGUUCUACGAGUUAUCCUGUUACUUUGUCAGUUUGGGGACACGGAUCCUCCUGUGGCCGCGUUGUCAAGCAGAAAUUCCAAGAAAUUACAGCGAGGUCAAGGGAGGAAAAAAAAAGUCAACUAUGUUUCCAACGGUUGAGUGGAUCCGCAUUACCCGGCUAGUGUGCCGCCGCUCAGCUGUGAACUGUAACCUGCGGCGGAACAGUUGACGCGGACGGAUACACCGAAGCCCCUCCAGCCUCCGGGAAAAAACAACCAGUUGAUGUUUCCUCCCAGGGCUUUCCAGCCUGACACUGCCGACAGCUCGCCACCUCUGUCACUCUCUUGAGUGAACGAGUCGGUCACCUCCAGCUCGAAAAGGUCCGCGCACAAGGUUUUUCCGCUGCGUCAGCCAGCGGUCGAGCCAAGCACCGGGGCCAGCUGCCUGGGCAGGACUGCAUCAGCAUGGACACUGAGUCCACCUACUCGGGCUACUCCUACUACUCUGGGCGUUCCCGGGGAUCUCAUAGACACGGGGAACGAAGCCGAGACCGCCACAAGUCCCGCAGUAAAGACAGCCGCUCAGAAAAGUCUGUAACCAUUAACACGCCGCCUGCAGAACCGCUACUGGGCGACUCCUCUGUCCGUGGUGAACAGGUCCAGGAUGACAACUGGGGCGAGACCACCACGGCCGUCACGGGCACGUCAGAGCACAGCCUCUCUCAGGAGGACAUCGUCCGCAUCACCAAGGACCUGGAAGACAGCGUGGGACUGGACUGCCGCCGUUACUUCACUCUGACCCUGGCUGUGAUCCUGGGUCUACUGGUGUUUCUCACGCCGCUCGCCUUCCUUGUGCUCCCCCACCUCCUCUGGCCUGAGAAGCUGCAGAGCUGUGGCACAGCCUGCGAGGGUCUAUUCAUCUCCGUGGCCUUCAAGCUGCUUAUUCUGCUGCUCGCCGUCUGGGCACUCUUCUUUCGGCCUCCACGAGCUGGUCUCCCGCGGGUCUUCGUUUUUCGUGCACUGCUUGCUGUGCUUGUGCUGCUGUUCGUUGUUUCCUAUUGGCUGUUUUAUGGAGUGAGGAUACUCGACUCACAGGAUGAGAACUACCAGGGCAUAGUGCAGUACGCUGUGUCUCUGGUGGACGCUCUGCUCUUCAUCCACUACUUGGCCAUCGUCCUGCUUGAGCUCCGGCAGCUGCAGCCAUGUUUCUCUGUGUGCGUGACACGUUCCACCGACGGUGAGACGAGGCACUACAACCUGGGUCAACUCAGUAUUCAGAGGGCAGCUCUGGCCAUCUUAGAACACUAUUACUGCGACUUCCCCGUCCACAACCCCGCUUUACUCUCCGCCUCCAAAUCCCGAGCAGCCAAGCACCUGGCUGGCUUAAAGGUCUACAACGUGGAUGGUGAGUUCCCAGCAGCCUCAGCGGAGGUCUUUAAAGCUAAACUAAAAGCCUACCUUUUGGACAGUCCAGGAAACAAUGCAGCAGCAGGACUCGCCCAUUCCCAGUCCAGAGCUAUGAUCGCAGCGGCCGCCCGCCGCAGAGACACCAGUCACAACGAGUUAUACUAUGAGGAGGCCGAGCACGAGAGGCGAGUCCGCAAGCGCAAAGCCCGUCUGGUGGUGGCAGUAGAAGAGGCGUUCACUCAUAUCAAGCGCAUGCAGGAGGAGGAGCAAAAGAAGGCUCCAGGAGACGUGAUGGACCCACGUGAGGCAGCACAAGCCAUCUUUCCUUCCAUGGCACGCGCCCUGCAGAAGUACCUGAGGACCACCAAGCAGCAGCACUGCCACAGUAUGGAGAGCAUCCAGCAGCACCUGGCCUUCUGCAUCACCAACAACAUGACGCCCAAGGCGUUCCUCGAGAGCUACCUAACCCCGGGUCCAACCCUCCAGUACAGUAGGGACCACUGGCUGGCCCGACAGUGGACGUUGAUCAGCGAGGCAUCCGUCACCAGCGGCCUGAAGGACGGCUCCGUGUUCCUGCUCAAGUGUGUGGACUUCAGCCUGGUGGUAACUGCAAAGAAAAUCCCCUACAUUCAGAUGUCAGAGGAAUACAUCGACCCCAAGUCACACAAAUUUGUCCUGCGGUUACAGUCUGAGACCUCCGUGUAGGACUCCAAACACUUUAAAAAAAAAAAAAAAAUUCAUCACACUGUUUUCAUGCUCAUUUUGGGUUUGCAGUUUUUAUUUUUACUUUUUGGAAUUUUUAUAUAUUAUAUAUGAUUCUAUAUAUUACAUUUGAAUAUAUUGGUCUUUUAUUGUUGUGUUUGAUUUCAAGGACAAAUGGAGGAAUCACACAGGAUUUUUCUCACCGCAUUUUGAUUCAGACACUCCGUACUUUUAAAAUGGUCGAGCAAGUUUGUGUGUAUGAACUGCGUGCGCGUACACGUGUGCCAUUUUGUGUCACAGGAGUCAUAUAUUUCUGACAUGCUGAAGCCAGAUGAGAUGGGAACAAGGAGCGUUUGAGGUUUUUGACACGCCUGUAGAGACUUUACUUUGUUGUUUUGAUCAUUCUGUUUUUUUAUCCAUCGGACAAAAAGACAAACCACUAAGGAUUGUGAUGAUCGUGAUGGAUGGCUAUUUUGUUUUCUGAAGCCUGAUGGAAGUAUCUCACCUGUGUUGCUGUCUUCUUUACAACAUCUAAACAUAUCUGGAUUCUCCUUUGGACUACUUUUUUUUUUUACAAGGGAAAAUUGCUUCCUUUGAAAUGAACCGAAUUAAACAUAUUUGGCAAAAAAAACAAUCUACCAAUCUUUGCAUUAAAUGCACAUUUAUGUUUGUUAAUUAAAUGAGUAUGACUAAAACAGGCUGGAAAAUAUGUGUGUGGAAAUCACAGUCUGCUCUGUAGGGACAUCAGACUGUUUUCUCCUCCCAUCUCUUGAAGUACAUCAAUAUUUGAGCACAUGUGCAAACAUUUCUUUUGACAGGUGAGAUGUCAAAUUUCAGUCCACCUCAUGCCCAGCCUAAGGCGUUGCACCCUUGAGUGUUAUUUUUGGCAAAGUGAGACAUUUUGUGUUGUGGUUUUUUGGGGGCACAGUCCCUUUUCGGGUGCAAUGGAGCAAAAUCAAACAUUUCCUGUCCAGUUGGGAACACAUGCACACGCUAUGUUGAACACUGGGGUGAACUCUAAAUGAACCGGAUCAUAAGAGAUUCCCACAGACAGUUACAUACCAAGACAAAUGCCCAAAACAUUUGCCCUGCCUCGUCGGUUCAGUAACCUUCUCAGGGCUUUCGUGUCUGCUGUGUCUGCUGUGUCUGUGUGACAUGAUGGAAAAGAUGGCAACAGAGCAGAAAACAGAAUGAGAACCUAUUGGAAUCAUUGCAAAAAAUGUUACAAGUAAAUAAAAAAAAAA